CCUCCCGGUCCCGCCGCGGGCAGGCGGGAUGAUGGAGCCCCCCGCCGCCGCCGCCCGCGUCUCCUGCCGCUGCCGCCCGCUGCUGUGCCUGCUGCUCGCAGCCCUGUGCGUGCCGCCAGCUCUGGGAUUGUAUACAGUAAACGCAGUAUAUGGAGACACUAUUACUAUGCCUUGUCGUCUAGAAGUACCAGACGGUCUGAUGUUUGGAAAAUGGAAAUAUGAAAUGCCAAAUGAAUCUCCAGUAUUUAUUGCCUUCAGAUCAUCAACGAAAAAGAAUGUACAGUAUGACGAUGUACCAGACUACAAAGACAGGUUGAGUCUUUCAGAAAACUAUACAUUAUCCAUCAAAAAUGCAAGAAUCAGUGAUGAAAAGAGAUUUGUAUGUAUGCUAGUAACAGAAGAUGAUGUUUCCGAGGAGCCGACGAUAGUCAAAGUCUUCAAACAACCCUCUCAACCAGAAAUCUUGCAUCAAGCAGACUUCUUAGAAACAGAGAAGCUAAAAAUGCUUGGAGAGUGUGUUGUGAGAGAUAGUUAUCCUGAAGGCAAUGUUACAUGGUACAAAAAUGGGAGAGUUUUGCAGCCUGUGGAAGGAGUUGUGGUCAUAAAUUUGCGAAAGGUUGAGAACAGAUCAACUGGACUCUUCACCAUGACAUCAUCUCUUCAGUACAUGCCAACUAAAGAAGAUGCAAAUGCUAAAUUUACUUGCAUUGUGACGUAUUAUGGACCAUCUGGCCAGAAAACAAUACAGUCUGAACCAGUCGUCUUUGAUGUUCACUAUCCAACAGAGAAGGUGACUAUUCGAGUGCUGUCACAAAGUAGUACCAUUAAAGAAGGUGAUAACGUCACUCUGAAGUGCUCAGGGAAUGGCAACCCUCCUCCACAGGAGUUCCUGUUUUACAUUCCAGGAGAAACAGAAGGCAUAAGAAGCUCAGAUACUUAUGUAAUGACAGAUGUGAGACGAAAUGCAACAGGAGAAUACAAGUGCUCUCUGAUUGACAAAAGCAUGAUGGAUGCAACCACCAUCACUGUGCACUAUCUGGAUUUGCAGCUUACUCCUAGUGGAGAAGUCACAAAACAGAUUGGAGAGGCCCUGCCUGUGUCAUGCACAAUUUCUUCUAGUAGAAAUGCAACUGUGUUUUGGAUAAAGGACAAUACCAGAAUGAAAACAAGUCCGUCAUUUUCAAGUCUGCAGUAUCAAGAUGCUGGAAACUACAUCUGUGAAACUACUCUACAGGAAGUUGAAGGGCUAAAGAAAAGAAAGACACUUAAACUUAUAGUGGAAGGAAAGCCUCAAAUCAAAAUGACAAAGAAAACCAACACAAAUAAGAUGUCUAAAACAAUUGUCUGUCAUGUGGAAGGUUUUCCUAAGCCAGCAGUGCAAUGGACAGUUACUGGUAGUGGAAGCCUCAUAAAUAAGACAGAGGAGACCAAAUAUGUUAAUGGAAAAUUUUCCAGUAAAAUUAUAAUUGCUCCUGAGGAAAAUGUAACAUUAACAUGCAUUGCAGAAAAUCAGCUAGAAAGGACUGUGACCUCUCUGAAUGUCUCUGCCAUAAGUAUUCCAGAGUACGAUGAACCAGAGGAUAGAAAUGAUGACAACAGUGAAAAGGUUAAUGACCAGGCAAAGCUAAUAGUGGGGAUUGUAGUCGGUCUUCUGUUGGUUGCCCUGGUUGCAGGUGUUGUCUACUGGCUCUACGUGAAGAAAUCAAAGACAGCGUCAAAACACGUAGACAAAGAUCUCGGAAAUAUAGAAGAAAAUAAAAAACUAGAAGAAAACAAUCAUAAAUCUGAGACUUAAGAGACCAAACGUGUCAGUCAUCAUUCCAGAGAAUACAUGUAGACCAAUUGAAGCAUGAACGUGGAUUGUAUUUAAACGUAUACAAAGAAGUGACAGCUAUUCAUGGUUCAAGUAUUAAACAGAUCAUACUACCAAGUUUUCAGCGGAUUUUAGACACAAUUAUUUCAAGCUAAAAAAAAAAACAACAAAAAAACCACAAACAAACACAAAACAACAAGAAAAAACCCCAACCCACAGAAUAACUAAUUUUGGCAACAGCCAUGAUAAUAGGUCACCAUGUUGUGUUCUGUUUAAACUAUUUUUUUGUAAAUGUCUGCACUGAAGAUUUCUUUUUGUUUGCCUUUAUGUAAAUUUUUUACGUAGCUAUUUUUAUACACUGUAAGGCUUUGUUCUGGGAGUUGCUGUUAUUCUGAUGUAUAGUGUAAUGGUUUGAUUUCAAUUGUUUUUAUGACACCCUUUGGGCAGGUACAUGUCUAAUUCUGAUUGUUAUCAGUGAAUACUCUGCUUUGUAGCAAAUACCUAAAGCGUAAGAUUGUCCUAAAGGCAAAUAUCGAUCUCCUUUUUUCAUUGUUAGGAGUCACAGUAAAGAGGAGAGGUGACAGUUGUGACAAAAAUAAGCCGAAUUGUUAAUAACAGUGAGUAUUUAAGAAAGCUGAGGGAAAGCAAACAGCCAGAAUGGGAGUAAAAAGUUUCUAUGGAGAAGGCUGGGGACCGAGCAAGGAACACAAUGAAACACUCAUAGUGCAGAUGGUGGCCCAUGGUCCUUUCCUGCUAUAGCAAGGAGUGUGUUUUACUCAUACAUUACCUGUUGUCCUUCGUGUUAGAAUUAGGAUAAGGAACUGGAUUUCUGGUUUGAUUUUGAUUCCUUUACGUUAUCCGCUGCCUUAAAGUACUGUACCUUUUCUUCACUUCAAAGAGAUACCAGUCAGAAUUGGAGAUUUUUUUUUAAAAAGAAGUGGUCAUAUCAAAGCUGCAUUUUUUUCCACAAAAAUAGAAUAUAUAUAUAUUUUUGUGUGUUUUGUUAACUAUGCUACAGAUAUUGAAUGCACCUUGAGAUAAUUUUAGUGUUUUUAACUGGUACCUAAUUUAUCAAACAGUACAUAUAAUUGUAACAAUGAAAUGUCUACGUAUCUUUAGUUACAUUCAAGUUUGUAACUUUAUAAACAUGUUUUACGCUUGAGAAAAUUUAUAGAAUGGUACUGAUAAGAAAAUGGCUUAGGGUGAAUGGCUGACGGAGAAUUGUUGUUAACGGAGAGGGAAGUUUCAUUCUGCGCGGAGGGAUCAUUUUAGGAAGAAAGCAAUAGGCGAAUUGAUGGAGAAGAACAGCAAAGCACGCAGAACAUCAGGUUUCCUUUUACAAAUAUCCAGGGAAAAAAAAAGUAAAAAAAAAAAAAAAAAGUAUGUUUUUAUAGACUGGUAGGCAAAAAAAGAAUAUAAAUAAAUAACUAAAAGAAAGAGACGGAUGUUAGGAAAUGUAUUUUGCCACUUUUGCAUUAUUUAGGGAGGGGGGGGAAGAAAACACUGUUACUUGUAAAUUUGUAAAAUGUUAUAUGUCUGGGCAGUAGUGACUGAUGUCUUAAUAAAAGCUUCCUGUAGUGCAUUGGCAUGGAUUAAAUACGUAAGAAGUCCUAUAGACUCUAUGCUGUAUAAAAUACUAGAGGGAAAUCCUGUUAUAGGCCUCUAAACUUUUGAUUUGUUGCUGUUUUAUUUGGCAAAGAGAAGG